AUCAACCCGCUACUGUUAUACCCGCAAAUCUUACCGUACCAUAUGGAAACAAUUUUCAAUUUUUACUAUAUGGUGCCGGUGUUCAACAAUACCAAUGCAUUAAUAAUGGUAGUUCAACUCCUCAAUGGUCACAAGUUGGUCCGGACGCUUAUUUAAUUAAUGAUAUCAAAAGAGAACCUUUUAAUCUUAAAUAUGAAGUUGCCUAUCAUUAUUUUCAACCAACGCCCGUAAAUGGUGGCAGAAUUACUUGGCAAUCUAUUAUUUUGGAAGAUACCUCUUUAGUUAUUACGAAAUUAACCAAUUCAUCAGUUUCUCCCGAUGGCCCUGCAAAUAUCCCAUGGCUUCUUACUAAAGCAACCGUUA